UUUGCAAAAUCAUUUACAAUCAGCUCCAAUUAAAUAUAAAGAUGCAUUAUCAAUAACAUGUGUUCUUGGAUUUAAUUGUAAAGAAAACAUAGAAUGGCUCUGGGGAUAUGUUAAUAAUACAUAUUCAAACUUAUUUGAACAUGCUAAAAAAUUAUUUAACGCAAAAAAAAAAUGUAUUACAAUGAUUAAUUCAGCUAAACAUAAGGCACGUAAACUAGAAAGAACUAUCAGCGAUGAAAAUAACGAAAAUUCUAAUCUUUCUUCUACUAAUACAAUUCAAUUAAUGGUUAACAACUUAAUUAAAAAUAGAAAAUUAGAAUCAACAAUAUUCGUAAAUACAGAUAUAUAUUUAACAUUAAUACUAAACCAACCAUGUUCUAUUUGUUAUACUGCUGAAAUUACUAAUAAAAAGCCCUCAAUAACAGUAAAUGGAUUAGGAAUUAAAAUUAUAAUUAAAUGUCUAAAUUGUAAAGCAACAACGGAACAUAGUAAUGAAUCACCUGAAAUAGAUUUUUUAACAAGUAUAGCUGUAGCAGAAUUAGUUGGUGGUGUAAAUCGUGAAGAAUGGCGAUCUAUGCUUGUAUUAGUUGGAAUUACACGACAAAGUGAUAAAUCACAAUACUUUGCUAAGCAAGAUAAACUUUUUGAUGGCUUAAAAAAUGAAGCAGUUAAUUCAACUCAAAAAGCAUUACAUAAAGUUCUUGAUAAAUUAAUUGAAAACAAACAAUUUAAUUUAGAAAGUCAUGUUUGUGAGGCAUCAGCAGCUAGUGAAAAUGAUCAUAAACCUAUUAUUGGUUUUCAUGUUGCAGAAAAAUCUAGAAAAUAUCAAAAAACUGAUAGACAAGUAGUUAUGAUUAAUGAAGGCAACUAUAAUGGUAGUUCUAGUACUAUGAAACAUUUAAUAUUAAUUACUAUUAUUGAACAAAUAUCACUGGUAUUCAAAACUUCGGAAAUUGUUUUAGAUGUCGGUAUUGAUGGAGAUUUAAAUAGUAAUAGAACACUUGGCGCUCAAAAAAUCGUUCAUAAAAUUUGUGCCGAUUUAAAGCAUAAAGCAAAAAAUGUUAGAGCAAAAAUAGCAACUGCACGUGCUAAUGAUCCUAAUUUACCAACUCCAACCGAACAAGAUCUGUUUAAAAUGCAAACUGAAAGCGUAAUAGCACAUUUGCAAAAUAAUCAUAAUGAUUGUUGGAAUGAAGUUUGUUGGUUUACAGAAAAUUCUGAUAUGAUACUUCCUGAACCAAAUUUAAUACUAUAUACUAAAAGUCAAUGUGAAGCUUUGUUAAAAGACUUAAAACAAUAUAUGAAAUUAACAGGACAAGGAUUAAUAACUACAAUUCGAACAAGUGCAAAUGAAGCAGUAAAUCGUAUUAAAUUAAAUUAUAUAGAUAAAAAAACUGAUUACUCUAAAUCUUUUUCUGCUAAACAUGCUCUUGCAGUUCUUCAUAAUAAUGAUAGACUUUUAACUUUGUUAGAAACCGUUCAAAAGGUGGCUAAAUUACCUGAAUUUUCUGAACAAGACAUAGUUAAUAUUAUAAAAAUAUGGAAAAACAGAAAUGAUAAAUGA